AUGGGGAGAGGAAGAGUGCAGUUGAAGAGGAUUGAGAACAAAAUCAAUAGACAAGUUACUUUUUCAAAACGAAGGUCUGGUUUGUUGAAGAAAGCUCAUGAGAUCUCUGUUCUUUGUGAUGCUGAAGUUGCUCUCAUCGUUUUCUCUACUAAAGGCAAGCUUUUUGAAUACUCCAGCGAUCCUUGUAUGGAAAGAAUUCUCGAACGAUACGAGAGAUAUUCAUAUACGGAGAGACAGCUUGUUGCUAAUGAUCAAUCACCAAAUGAAAACUGGGUUCUAGAACAUGCAAAACUGAAAGCUAGGGUGGAAGUACUUCAGAAAAAUCAAAGGAAUUAUAUGGGAGAAGAGUUGGAUGGGUUAAGUCUCAAAGAGCUUCAGAGUUUGGAACAACAACUUGAUUCUGCUCUCAAACACAUUAGAUCACGAAAGAACCAAGUCAUGUAUGAAUCUAUUUCAGCACUUCAGAAAAAGGAUAAGGCACUCCAGGAACAUAACAAUUUGCUCGCAAAGAAGAUAAAAGAAAAAGAGAAAGAGCUUGCUCAAGAGGAGCUGCAAAAUAGCAUGGAGGUGGCUCCAAUUGAAACUCAACCAUUAGAAUCUAUGAUUGCAGGACGGUCCUUACAAGAAAGUUGCAAUGAAGAAACUGGAGCAGAAACUCGAGGUAGUGCGAUUCUUCCGCCAUGGAUGGUUCGUCCUAUAAAUGAAUAG